AUGCCAUCUGCAAACGCUUUGGCCACUCCACGACGGCCAAGACAGCCUCCACUUCAUGAGCUUUACAAGCAACCUGCUCCUCUUCGUGUCUUUCCCCUCCCAACUUUCGCUAGCACCGACAACCCUGUGUCUCUGGUGCAACUUGCCGUCGCCUGGCUGGGCCAGAUUUUUUUCCCGCCCACACCCGAACCAUCUGUUAUCCACACUGCCUUUUGGGACAAUGGCACCCGGUCCAUUGUCGUUACGGACCCAAAGGCCAUGGCGGACCUUUGGCAACAGGGUUUCUACGGCAAGGGCAGCUUAAGCCGAAGCGAGCCCAACUGGCUCAAGAGGGAAAGCUCACGGCGGGGUGCCACCCGCGACAGGGUCAGUGAGAUGGCCACGGAAAAGAGGCGAGAGGAUCGCGUUCGUGCAAAAUGGGAGCGUGCCCGCAUUGAACAAGAGGCACUCGAGCAGAGACGUAGGGAGGAGGCCAGCACCCUGGCUGAAGCUGCCGUAGAAGCAGUCGUAGAGAGCCCAGCAAAAUUAACCCGGCCGCCAGUCGGACCCGCAGAGCUCCUUGCCCUUCCCAAUUCCCAGUUUGAUCUCGUGGCAGCCUCGCGCAAUCACGCCAGGGUCUCUGAAGAUAGCAUGGACGGCACGGAUGGUUCGAUGGAUGGGUCAGGCUCAUUUGGCAAUGACGAUGCUGAGACCAACACGACUGUCUCCUCCGGGUCCGCAACGCUCAAGCGUGCCAAGAGUGUUCGCUUUUCGCCAAAGGUCGAGUCGACUAUCUUCCAACUCACCGACCCACCGAGUCCAUCUCGUUCCUUGCCAUCUUUCGUGCCGGAGAAUGAGCGUACCACCAAGCCAGAUGGUGUGCCACGGUCUGAUGUGCCGGCUGAAGUAGUUGUGGGGAACAAGGAACACCUGCAACUUGCACCAGAGGAGGCCUUCUUUCUGUGUUUUGCUCUGGGUGCCCUGAAGGUGACAGACGCCGCUACACAAGGCGUACUCUCCACCAAGGAUCUUCUUGCUCUGCUGCGCCAGAACUCGUACUUUCCCCCUCGGGUGUCACAGCCUCUGCAACCUGAUGACCCUUUCCUCAUCCAUUAUGCCGUAUACCACCAUUUCCGAUCCCUUGGGUGGGUUCCAAGGCCUGGCAUCAAGUUCGGUGUUGAUUGGCUUCUCUAUAACCGAGGGCCUGUUUUUGAUCACGCCGAAUAUGGUCUUCUGGUGCUUCCAUCCUAUGCUCACCCCCACUGGAAGGCCAGUGGUCGUCAAGCGUCACAAAAGUCCUGGCACUGGCUCAUGGGUGUGAAUAGAGUCUUGUCCAAGGUCUUCAAGAGCUUGGUGCUCGUUUACGUCGAUGUCCCGCCACCUACUGCAUUCAAUGUGGACGGUGAACCUCGAAUGAGCAUGGCAGCCUUGCUCAAACAGUAUCAGAUACGGGAGCAGAUGAUCAAGCGAUGGUCGCCGAACCGAGAUCGCUAA